AAGAAAACCAAAAAAAAAAAAAAAUACUACUUAGUAGUAGUCUGUCUGUCUCUUAUUCAGCACAGUUCAGUGCAAGGCUCAUUCCAAUACAAUACAUUACUUGUCAAGUCUCCUUUCAUACCUUUCUCCUACUUUUUCUCUUCUCUAAGCAAAACCCAAACCCAUUAUCACUUAAACAUAACACCCCCCCACCAUCUAUCCCUCACUUCCCUCCACAUUAAUUCACUCUAAGAAAACCCAAUACCCAUUUUCCCUAAAGUUUUGAUCUUUUCCCCCCUCCCCCUUCAAACCUCAUUUAUUUUUCUUGAUCUUUCUUUGAGACAGAGCACCAUGGAUCCUCACAUCUAUGGUGUCUCCAAGUUCUUGUUAUUCACUUUCUUUUUCUUUUUCUUUUCUUCUUUUUCUUCAGCAUUGCCACAAAACUCAUCUUCGAAACCUUCGUCUAAUUCUGGAAUCAACUCUAACUCAGUUCUCGUUGCGCUUCUUGAUUCCCAUUACACUGAGUUAGCUGAACUCGUUGAAAAGGCUCUCCUUCUGCAGACCCUUGAGGAAUCUGUCGGUAAACACAAUAUUACCAUCUUUGCACCGAGAAAUGAAGCUUUAGAGCGACAACUUGACCCUGAGUUCAAGCGUUUCUUGCUUGAACCGGGGAAUCUCAAGUCUCUUCAGACUCUUUUGAUGUUCCACAUUAUACCCAAAAGAGUCGGAUCCAGUGACUGGCCUACAGAUGCAUCAAACCCUACCUGGCACAUCACUUUAUCCAACAAUCAUCUUCACUUAGACGUCAGAGAUUCCGGCAAGAAAGUUGUUGAUUCAGCUGAGUUAGUUAGACCCGACGAUGUGAUCAGACCAGACGGAGUUAUCCAUGGAAUCGAGAGGCUAUUAAUUCCACAAUCAGUACAAGAAGAUUUCAACAGAAGGAGAAGUCUCAGAUCCAUAUCAGCAGUGUUACCGGAAGGCGCGCCGGAGGUGGAUCCAAGAACCCACAGGCUUAAAAAACCAGCAGCCCCAGUGCCAGUAGGUGCACCCCCUGUGCUGCCAAUAUACGAUGCAAUGGCACCAGGUCCUUCCUUGGCUCCGGCACCAGCGCCGGGACCUGGCGGACCUCACCAUCACUUUGAUGGGGAGAGUCAGGUGAAGGACUUUAUCCAAACACUAUUACAUUAUGGUGGGUAUAAUGAAAUGGCUGAUAUAUUAGUGAACCUAACUUCACUAGCCACCGAAAUGGGCCGGCUUGUAUCAGAAGGGUAUGUGUUAACCGUGUUGGCACCAAAUGAUGAAGCUAUGGCUAAACUUACAACGGACCAGUUGAGCGAGCCGGGUGCACCGGAGCAGAUUAUCUACUAUCAUAUAAUACCCGAGUAUCAAACAGAAGAGAGUAUGUACAAUGCAGUCAGGAGAUUUGGGAAAGUAAAGUAUGAUACUUUGCGUUUGCCACAUAAGGUUGUUGCACAGGAGGCUGAUGGGUCUGUUAAAUUUGGAUCGGGUGAUGGGUCUGCGUAUUUGUUUGAUCCUGACAUUUACUCAGAUGGAAGGAUUUCAGUGCAAGGUAUUGAUGGUGUUUUGUUCCCUGAGGAGGAGAAAGAGACUACUGAUGCAAAACCCACCACCUCGGUCAAGGUUGUCACUAAGGCCAGGAGAGGGAAAUUAAUGGAAGUAGCUUGUAGAAUGCUUGGAGCUUUUGGACAGGAUUCGCAAUUCAGUACGUGUCAUCAAUGAAUCUGCACAGCUAUAAAAUCUUAAUAAUAGUAAAGAUGGAACCAUGAAAACCAAUAGAGAAAUGGAAAGACUUUUGUGUAAUAAAAAUCACAAAUUGAAGGGGAUGGAGCAAUGGCUUUGUAUGAAUGAUUUCCUCAGAAAAUUCCAACAUAAGAGAGAGAGUUUGUUGUUAUUUUGUCAUAAUUACUGUAAUUACAUAUCAAUUUUUUAAUUAAUUUUUUUUUUAAAAUUUUAAUUUUUCUUUUUCUUUUUCCUUGUUAAAUGUAUGAUUCACUGUCAAUGUAUGCAUGAACAACCUUGGAAAACUUUUGUCUUUUUGUUUUUUAAUUAUUUUUGCUGUCCUAAAGUCUUUCUAGUCACGGGUUGUGUUCUUUCUUAGGGCCUGGCUGGCUCUGCCUCCGUUGCUUGUGAAUCAAACUGAAAAAGAUUUUCUUUUUUUCUUC